AUGCAUUCCAGCCCAGACUCAGACUCAGAGCUUCCCUACAUCGAGCCCCCUUCCAACGAAGCUCUCAAACCAAUCCGCAAAUCUCCUCCCUACACAGGAACGCCCCUCGUUCUCUUCCUCUCCGACAUAAAAACUCUUUUUCCAGAACUUCUUCUAUCUUUCGUAUCUCUUUAUCCCUCUGUAUCCAUGGAAGUCCGGCCCAUUCUCGGGUUGAAGUCGAGUGAGGAUGGGUUUACGAGGACUUGGCCUCGUCAUGACGAUGAGGCUUGGAUAUUCCUCAACGGUAUUUGUGUUGGCAAGAAUUGGUUCCAGAAGAACAUCGGCCGGAUCUCACGAACAUUUCAUCGGCCGGUAGUUGGUAUUCACAAACGAACUGCCGGCGUCGUCUUCGACCUCAUCCAAAGCCUUAUCCAACGCGCCCUCCUCUAUGCAACCCAAGACGUACGUGAAUGCUACAUCCUCGUUAAGAACGCCCUUCUCGAUGACCACAAGAAGAAAGUAAUCUUCAUCCUCCACUCCCAAGGUGGAAUAGAAGGCGGCAUGAUAAUCGACAGGCUCCUCGACGAAAUGCCCCUCGACAAGCUCCAAAAGCUCGAAGUCUACACUUUCGGCAACCUCGCCAACCACUUUAGCAAUCUCUACCGCGGCAACGACACAAGGUCUCCCGUUAUUCCCCAUAUUGAACAUUAUGUGAAUGAGAAGGACUUUGCAUGCCGCUUUGGAGUUCUCUACUUUACGAGGCAUUAUGCACAGAAUGAGAAUAGGUUUGCGGGCAAGGUUUUUAUUAAUAGAGGAGGGGGACAUCAGCUGAAUCAGCAUUAUCUUGAUGAUAUGUUCCCUCUGGAUAAGACGCUUCAGAGGGCGAGGGAUGCUACAGGUGGAGACUUUAUGCACAGAAGAGUUCGGGUGAGAAAGGAUGGCACUGUGAAAGUGACCACCAAGGCAGAACUACCUGCGGGUUUUAUCGUCACCGAAGAUGAGGGGUCCAAGAAUGGGAUUAUGAAGCCAGAUGAAGUUCCCAGGAUGGGAGAUCUGAGUAGACUGUGGAAAUAUCGGAAUGGGCAGUUGCCAGACUCCUUCAAGAAGGUCUUGACUGGCGGUCUGGAAAGAAUUAGAGGGUAG